AUGUCGGAAAACGUUUCACACACUUUUUUCCCCAAGGAAUCAAAUCAUAACAAUGCCGAAGCUGAUUUAAAUUCAAAUGUCAUUUUUCUCUCAACAAUUAUCAGCCACGAAAAUGAUAGUUGGAAGAAGAAUUUACGGUUACCUCCUAAAGAUAUAAGACCACAAACUGAAGAUGUAACAGCUACAAAGGGAAAUGAAUUUGAAGAUUACUUUUUGAAACGAGAAUUACUAAUGGGGAUAUUUGAAGCAGGAUUUGAACGACCAUCACCUAUUCAAGAAGAGUCGAUACCUAUCGCCCUUACCGGUCGUGAUAUCUUGGCGAGAGCUAAAAAUGGCACUGGUAAAACUGCAGCUUUUGUGAUUCCAUCGUUAGAGAAAAUCAAUACUAAAAAACCAAAAAUUCAAGCAUUAUUACUCGUUCCAACAAGGGAGUUGGCCUUACAGACAUCACAAGUUUGCAAAAGUCUUGGUAAACAUAUGGGUGUUCAGGUGAUGGUAACAACUGGUGGUACAACAUUAAAAGAUGAUAUUUUACGUUUAUCUGAAACUGUGCAUAUUGUUGUUGGGACACCUGGUCGUAUUUUGGAUUUGGCCGGUAAAGGUGUUGCAGAUUUUAGUGAGUGUCCAACAUUCGUAAUGGACGAGGCUGAUAAGUUGUUAAGUCCGGAGUUCUCUCCAAUUGUUGAACAAUUAUUAGGAUAUUUUCCAAAAAAUCGCCAGAUAAUGUUAUACAGUGCUACAUUUCCUUUAAUUGUUAAGAGUUUUAAGGAGAAAUAUCUUGUGAAGCCAUAUGAAAUUAAUUUAAUGGACGAGCUAACUCUUCGCGGUGUAACACAGUACUAUGCAUUUGUAGAAGAGAGACAAAAAGUACAUUGUCUUAAUACUUUAUUCUCGAAGAAUUUACCGACUAAUUAUAUUUUUAUAUUGAUUUACAAUCGUAAUUAUUACGGUUACUUUAAUCCACCAUUAUCAACUUCAUUAUCAAUACCUUCUUCUUAUGUUUGUUAUCACGCCAAAAUGUUACAAAGUCAUCGUAAUCGUGUUUUCCAUGAUUUUAGAAAUGGCGUCUGCCGUAAUUUAGUAUGUUCAGAUUUGCUUACCCGUGGUAUUGAUAUUCAAGCUGUAAACGUGGUAAUUAAUUUUGAUUUUCCAAAGAAUGCUGAAACAUACCUUCACCGCAUUGGUAGAUCUGGUCGUUUUGGUCAUUUGGGCCUUGCGAUUAAUCUCAUUACCUAUGAAGAUCGUUUUAAUUUAUACAAGAUUGAACAAGAAUUAGGAACUGAAAUUCAACCGAUCCCUCCUAGAUAG